CUGAACGCUCAGGAUGAUCCUGUGAAACACGGCUUCCAUUCUGACGAACUCGAUCUGCGUCGCGUGUCUCUUUAAGCGCCGCGCGCUGCCUGGAAUUCACGUCACUUCGCCGCGAAGCGUCCGGAUCAAUGAGGUUCCGCGCUGCGCGCUGCGUUGCGCUCCUGCGAGCGACGCUUCCAGGAAGGUGUUAACCAUCGCGCUGCCGCAAUGUAGCGCCUGCUCGCGCGUUUGCAAACAAGAGAAGUUGAAGUAUUCCGCGCGGGGCGAGGCCAGUGGAUGCGCGUUAAAAUCGCCUGCGCGUCGCGAAGGGAACGUUAUCCAGGGCUUUAUUUCGCAGAAGAACAAGGGAGAGGAAAGUGGAAACAGAAGAACUUCCUGAAUUUCAACGAGACAUGUCCGAUUCCCCCUCGCAGGUCAUUAUUAAGGACCGGAGUGCUUUCAGUCCGUCCGCGAGCCCGUUGCCAAAUUCCACUUCCUCUCCCGGCCAUGUCCCGCCCUCUUCAGCUAAUGCCAGGAUAGAAGAGGAACCAACCAGACUGCCUGCACACCUGCGGAUGCAGCCGAUGUUCUGGAGCCGUGAGGAUGUGUGUCAGUGGCUGCGCUGGGCCGAGAGAGAGUUCGCCCUGCGGCCGAUAUCCAGCACCAGCUUCCAGAUGAAUGGGAAAGCCCUGCUGCUGCUCACCAAAGAGGACUUCAGAUACCGCUCUCCUCACUCAGGUGAUGUUCUGUACGAGCUCCUGCAGCACAUUCUGAAGCAGAGGAAGCCUCAGUCGCUCUCAUCGCCGUUCUUUCCCAUCGGCUCCUUCCACACGCUGACCGACGCGCCGCUGCAGACGCACAAACUCGAAGAAACGGUACGCCGGCCGUCGCGCGCCACAGACACUCAUUCCCUGCAGCCGCCCACCAUCGAGCUGCGCCAUCGCUCACGGUCGCCUCAUCACCUGCCCGCGGCACUGCGCUCGGCCGAGGACCUCCAGCAGGCGUCCUCACAGCUGCCUGACAGCAACCACCAUCUGCUGGAGGACGUGUAUCCGCUGUCUGUGUCUCCAGGAACGGCUAACGGGCACUGCAUGCUUCCCCGCGACCCCCCGCGGCCCGCCAGCCCGUGUCAGGAGGAGGCGGCUCCACCACGCGUCAUCCAGCUCAUGCCCAGCGCAAUCAUGCACCCGCUGCUGAGUCCGGGCCGCGGGCACACGCCAGGCGAUUUCAGGCACGGCCGCGGCACGCCUCAGGAAAACGGCCGCGAGGGCAAAGGUCAACAGCACAACGCCGUUCACUACGCCUCGCACGGGCUAAACCUCGCGGCCCAUCAGCUCCCCCUGCAGGACGAGCGCCACUACCGCAACCACAUCAUCAUGCCCGAGGAGCAGGCCACGCCCCUAGGCCGCAUCGCAGACUGCAGGCUCCUGUGGGACUACGUCUAUCAGCUGCUGUCGGACAGUCGCUACGAAAACUACAUCCGCUGGGAGGACCGCGAUACCAAAGUCUUCCGCAUCAUGGAUCCCAACGGCCUGGCCCGCCUGUGGGGGAACCAUAAGAACAGGACCAACAUGACGUAUGAGAAGAUGUCGCGGGCGCUGAGACACUACUACAAACUCAACAUCAUCAGGAAGGAGCCGGGACAGAGACUGCUGUUCAGAAUCUCUUCCUGCGUCCGUGAAGUCGUUCUGCGGUCACUAAUCACCGUGUUUUCUACAUCUCCAAGCCCCAGUGCUGCUGAUGUCCAGAGAAUGAAUGCUGUAGAUUAG